UUAUCCCUAAGGGCUCGGUGGAAAGGCAUGCAGGCAAUUCUCCCAGACCAUGGGAGCUAUUAGCAGGUCUUUCAGCAGCUGGAGCGUCCCUGGGCUUGUAAACCGGAGACUCAGCCUGCCUUGACCUCUCUCCCGAGGGGCCGCUUAUCUUCCUGGUAGCUUUUUCUGUUCUUGUCUGUUUUUUUCUUGAGACUCUUUGGAGAGGCUUUUGGGUGUGAGUUUUCAAUCAGUUGAGAGGCGCAACAGGGUGGUAAGACCGGCAAGGUUUCUGGAGACUUUACUGUGACCUUACAUCUUUCGGGGACUUGGCAGGUGUGGGGUGCGCAGAGAGGAAGGACUGACAGGUGGUGCUGAGUGGGGACAGAACACCUCCUACACAAGCUCUGCUACCCUCUCCUCCCCGCCCCCCAUCUCUCCCUUCCGAGAUUCAGCAGCUCUCUGUGUUCAUUGUUUUUCUUGCAUCCUUGGGUCUUGCGUUCCUUGGGUCUUUUUGGGCAGCAUGUGAUUUUCAGGGCGCCUAUGUUUCUCCUCCACCCCCACCUCGUCCUGGCUCCAUUUUGCGCCUCUCCUUGCCAGAAACCAGACUCUGCAGCUCCCACCAGGGACUGAGCUGGCUGGGAACUGAGGAAAGCUUGCCUGAGGAGGACUCCAGAGCCAGCCUGGAUGGAGCACGGAGCCCAGGGGGACCCAGAGCCUGGGAGUCUGGACCUCAGGGCUCCUGAGAGACCAGGAGAGAGCUGCAGAGCUGGGGAGAGCUUCUGGAGGAAGGGGACAGAGAGAAGUGGAGACUAAGAGUAUGGCCCGCCCUCAGGCUCGGGGGUAAUCUAGGUUGGGAGCCGUGGCGCGGAGUGGAAGGUGCCAAAAGGUAGCAAAGUGGGCUAGGGUGAGAACCAAGCGGGGCUGGCUAGACAGGUGAGCCCGGCUCCCUUCCCCCAGCCUGGCUCCGGCUCUCGCUCCCGUGCUGGGCCUGUGGGAACCCGCUGCUUCCUGCGUGCCCUGGGGCUGCUCCUCCGUGCCUCUCUCCCUCUCUCUCCAGGAACCGAGCCCAGAAAAAGGGGAGGAGGGAACGCGCCAUCUCCUCGCGGGGCCACCGCGUGGGGGUCCUGGGCGGGCUGUAACCGGGCCCCUGCUGGUGCUGCUGAAUCCCAGCCUCGGGGCGGCGGGGGAUGGGCGUGCGGAUCACCUAGGGGAGGCUACGCGCGCAGGGGGACAUGCGGGGCGGCCUCCGCGCUAGUAGAGAAACGAGGGGCGGCGCCGGGCGUGGGAGCGCGGGCGCCGGGGCGGGAGGACGGGCGGGGGACCGGCGCGGGGAGGCGGCGCCUGGGCGCGAUCCGGCCCCGCGCUGGCUCCUCUCCCCGGAACAGGCCCCCGACAGCUGCUAGCGGGAGCCGCCUCCCGACACCCGAGCCCCGCCGGCGCCUGCGCUCCCCUCCCGCGCCCCGCCGCCGAGGAGGCCCCAAGUCGGGGCUGGACGCCAGAGUCGGCCCGGGAGAGCGAUGAGAGCAGCCCUCCUGUCUGUCUCUUGCUGUUGGCUGUACCGAGAUCCUUUGUGAGCCGGCUCUCCUCCGAUUUGUCCCCUGCAGAGAUGCUGUCCCCUCCUCCAUAGGCCGGAGGGACCAGGAGCGAUGGGGACAGGGGCCCUCUCAACUCUACUGCUGCUGCCCCUCUUGCUGACAGUUGGAGAUGCUGACAUGAAGGGACAUUUUGACCCUGCUAAGUGCCGCUAUGCCCUGGGCAUGCAAGACCGCACCAUUCCAGACAGCGACAUCUCCGUGUCCAGCUCCUGGUCAGACUCCACCGCUGCCCGCCACAGCAGGCUGGAAAGCAGUGAUGGAGAUGGAGCAUGGUGCCCUGCAGGGCCUGUGUUCCCCAAAGAGGAGGAGUACCUGCAGGUGGACCUUCGGAGGCUGCACCUGGUGGCUCUGGUAGGCACACAGGGCCGCCAUGCUGGGGGCCUGGGCAAAGAGUUCUCCCGAAGCUACCGGUUGCGUUACUCCCGAGAUGGCCGCCGCUGGAUGGACUGGAGGGACCGCUGGGGUCAGGAGGUGAUUUCGGGUAAUGAGGAUCCUGGUGGAGUGGUGCUGAAGGACCUUGGGCCCCCCAUGGUGGCCCGGCUGGUCCGCUUCUACCCCCGGGCUGACCGAGUCAUGAGCGUCUGUCUGCGGGUGGAGCUGUAUGGCUGCCUCUGGCGGGAUGGACUCCUGUCGUACACAGCCCCCGUGGGGCAGACCAUGUACUUAUCUGAGGUGGUGCAUCUCAAUGACUCCACCUAUGAUGGAUAUACUGCAGGCGGGCUGCAGUAUGGCGGUCUGGGCCAGCUGGCAGAUGGUGUGGUGGGGCUGGAUGACUUCAGGCAGAGCCAGGAGCUGCGGGUCUGGCCAGGCUAUGACUACGUAGGAUGGAGCAACCAUAGCUUCCCCAGUGGCUAUGUGGAGAUGGAGUUUGAGUUUGACCGACUGAGGACCUUCCAGACGAUGCAGGUCCAUUGUAACAACAUGCACACUCUGGGAGCCCGCCUACCAGGCGGGGUGGAAUGUCGGUUUAAAAGGGGCCCUGCCAUGGCCUGGGAGGGAGAGCCUGUGCGCCAUGCCUUGGGGGGCAGCCUCGGAGACCCCAGAGCCAGGGCCAUCUCAGUGCCCCUGGGGGGCCGCGUGGGCCGCUUCCUGCAGUGCCGAUUCCUCUUUGCGGGACCCUGGUUACUCUUCAGUGAGAUCUCUUUCAUCUCGAACGCGGUGAACGAUUCCUCUGAAACCUUCCCGCCAGCCCCCUGGUGGCCGCCUGGCCCACCUCCCACCAACGUCAGCAGCUUUGAGCUGGAGCCCCGGGGUCAACAGCCGGUGGCCAAGGCGGAGGGGAGCCCGACUGCCAUCCUCAUCGGCUGCCUGGUGGCCAUCAUCCUGCUGCUGCUGCUGAUCAUUGCGCUCAUGCUCUGGAGGCUGCACUGGCGCCGCCUGCUCAGCAAGGCCGAGCGCCGGGUGUUGGAGGAGGAGCUGACGGUUCACCUCUCUGUUCCUGGGGACACCAUCCUCAUCAACAACCGCCCAGGGCCCCGAGAGCCACCCCCUUACCAGGAGCCCCGGCCUCGGGGGACUCCACCCCAUUCUGCGCCCUGUGUCCCCAAUGGCUCCGCGUUGCUGCUCUCCAAUCCGGCCUACCGCCUCCUUCUGGCCACUUACGCCCGUCCCCCUCGAGGCCCGGGCCCCCCCACACCCGCCUGGGCCAAACCCACCAACACCCAGGCCUGCAGUGGGGACUAUAUGGAACCCGAGAAGCCGGGCGCCCCGCUUCUACCUCCACCUCCCCAGAACAGCGUUCCCCAUUAUGCCGAGGCUGACAUUGUCACCCUGCAGGGUGUCACUGGGGGCAACACCUAUGCUGUGCCCGCCUUGCCCCCAGGGGCAGUUGGGGAUGGCCCCCCCAGAGUGGAUUUCCCCCGGUCACGGCUCCGCUUCAAGGAGAAGCUUGGCGAGGGCCAGUUUGGGGAGGUGCACCUGUGUGAAGUAGAAAACCCUCAAGACCUGGUCAGUGGUGACUUCCCUGUCAGCGUGCACAAGGGACACCCCUUGCUGGUAGCGGUGAAGAUCCUCCGGCCAGAUGCCACCAAAAAUGCCAGGAAUGAUUUCCUGAAGGAGGUCAAGAUCAUGUCAAGGCUGAAGGACCCAAACAUCAUCCGGCUCCUGGGCGUGUGUGUGCAGGAUGACCCCCUCUGCAUGAUCACAGACUACAUGGAGAAUGGUGACCUGAACCAGUUCCUUAGUGCCCACCAGCUGGAAAACAAGGCAGCUCAGGGGGUUCCUGGGGACAGAGAGUCUGACCAGGGGCCCACAAUCAGCUACCCUAUGCUGUUGCACGUGGGAGCCCAGAUCGCCUCAGGCAUGCGUUAUCUGGCCACACUUAACUUUGUGCACCGGGACCUGGCCACCAGGAACUGCUUGGUUGGGGAAAAUUUCACCAUCAAAAUCGCUGACUUUGGCAUGAGCCGGAAUCUCUAUGCUGGGGAUUAUUACCGUGUACAGGGCCGGGCAGUGCUGCCCAUCAGGUGGAUGGCCUGGGAGUGCAUCCUCAUGGGGAAGUUCACGACAGCAAGUGACGUGUGGGCCUUUGGAGUGACGCUGUGGGAGGUACUGAUGCUCUGCAGGUCCCAGCCCUUUGGGCAGCUAACAGAUGAGCAGGUCAUCGAGAAUGCUGGGGAGUUCUUCAGGGACCAAGGCCGGCAGGUAUACUUGUCCCGGCCACCCGCCUGCCCGCAGACCCUCUAUGAGCUGAUGCUGCGGUGCUGGAGCCGGGAGCCUGAGCAGCGGCCGCCCUUUGCCCAGCUUCAUCGGUUCCUGGCAGAUGAUGCACUUAACACAGUGUGAACUCAGGACGCCGCAGCCCUUUCCCAUUGGGAGCCAUCCAGGGGAAGCUGGACACUAAAAUGAGAGAAGGCACCCCGCCCCACCAUCCCUGAGAGGCAGCAUUUCUGCAGGUGGGCUGGGUCUGCCCAAGGAGCUGAAGCCUCUGUCACUGGAUACACACUCCCUUCCUGUUCUCCUUCCAUCUCCCGAGCACCACCCACCCAGCUGGCCCUGUGGUUGGGAUCCUGCCUGACUUCUUCCAGCCAUCCCCUGGGGAAGGAUGGGGACAAAUGCAGGGCACACACUGGACAAGGCCCCUGGAGCACCUGGGCCCCACUGGACAACACUGGUUCCUGGGGAGGUGGCUGUGCCCCCGGCCUCCUUCCUGUCACACACUGGACACUGCCAGCUGAGAAACUGGGGGAUGAGGUGGACAAGGAAACCUAACCCCUAUGGUGGUCCUCAGCCUGGCUUCCUUCUGAUACCCCCCUCCCGACACGCUGGACCUGGGGUGAUCCCGGUCCUGAUUCUCGUCACACCCCUCCUUCCUACCCGCUGAGCUGCAAGCUAGGACUUCUCAAAGCCUAUAUGUUUCUGUGGAGUAAAUAGUAGGAUGGGGGGCAGAGGGACCCAUAGCCCAAGGCUGGGGUGGGGAAUCUCUAUUGUAGCUACCACAUUGGUUUUUCUAUAAUCACGUGGGUUUGUACAUUUUUGGGGGGAGAGACACAGAUUUUUACACUAAUAUAUGGACUUAGCUUGAGGCAAUUUUAAUCUCCUGCACUAGGCAGGUAAUAAUAAAAGUUGAGUUUUUCCACA